GAACAGUGAUCCUGAGUGAAAGUUAAAACUUGAAGUCAAGGUUGAAGCAAGCUCCUUGGAAAAGCGCAUUGGUGGCAGCACCUGCCCCUGAGAGUGGUGUGGUUACUUCUAAGCAGGAUAAUCAGGAGUCGGGAUACAAAAGCGUUGUCCUAUCUACCAGAGACUGAGCGGGCGGACCUUUUCAAAAGUUGGAGAGACAUGAGAACAUCGACGGAAGAGCAAGGAUUGUAGCAGCCGGAAGGUGCUACUUCAGUGACUGCCGGGCUCUGCAAAGUUCCUCUGACUGUCGGCGGUGGCGCCAGGUUCCCCGUGAGGCGGGCCAGUGACCCCCCCUGGAAAAGGCAAGAGCGAUGCCUGCUGGACCAGGGGGCCAGUUGAGCACAGGAGGGGGGACAAGCAUUUCGCGGGGGCUAGGCAGAAAGGGCCCUGUAGUGGGGGCCGCGCUCGUGGGAACCCCCGGGUCCAGGAAAGCGGGGGAGAAGGUCCACUUCUGUGUGCUGUGCGAUCUGCCCAUCGCCAUCUAUGGCUUGCUGGUGCCAUGUCAGCACGUGUUUUGCCUGGCAUGCGCGAAUGCUUUAGGCAAGACCUGCCCCAGGUGCUCCGCUGCCAUCCAGAGCGUCGACGCCGUGCGCUCCCCCCCGGGGGUCCUCAUCUGCGGCAUCCCCACCUGCCUGCGCGCCUUUCUGUCCAAGCCAGAGUUACUUCUCCACGUCCACGAGUCGCACCAAGAUCUUUUCAAACCCGCGACCCCCCCUCCCUCGGCUCCGUCCCCUCUUCCAACUCAGCACCGGCCCCUUCACCCCCGGAGCGAAGUCGACUUCCCGCCGUUUUUCCGGGGGCCCGCCCCCGGGGGAUUCGGUCCGGGUCGGCCGCCGGGGCCGGGGGGCCCGCUGAUGGCCCCGGAAGGGUUUCGCCCAAUGCGAUGAGGAUAGCGGGGGCGCUUUCGGAAGUGGCGUUGGAAGCAUUAGCAUGGGAUUUGCGCGCUUUAUCUUGGGGGCCCAACUCCAGAGAUUGGUCCAGGACGGCCGCCCGGGCCGGCAGGACCGGUGAUGCCCCCGGACCCCCCCGGUAAGCUUCCAUCCGGUGCGAUGAGGGAGUUGGAAAGGAUCGGAGGAGGUGGACACUUCCGGGAGUGCCGUCAGAUUCAAUAGGAUGUCUUCAAUCAGGAUUUGGGCCGGAACGUUCUGGUGCACUGCUGGACACAAAACGUCAAUUGAGCCAGCGCUGCAGAUCAAGGUCUACUGGACCAGAAUGGUUGACCGACUUGCAGAGUUCCAUUGCACCAUAUGGUGCGGCGUUCAAUGAGGCCUGAUUCAAAUUCUUUCGUCCACUGUCAAAGCCUGGCC